GCCUUCAGCACGGACGUCCCUGGCCGCCGCCAUGCUCAAAAGAAAGGCUGAAGGGGAUACUAAAGGAGAUAAAGCCAAGGUGAAGGACGAGCCACAGAGAAGAUCUGCAAGGUUGUCUGCUAAACCUGCUCCUCCAAAGCCAGAGCCCAAGCCUAACAAGGCCCCUGCAAAGAAGGAAGAGAAGGUCCGCAAGUACAAGAAGGGGAAAGUCGAUGCUGGUAAGGAUGAGAAUAAUCCUGCAGAAAAUGGAGAUGCCAAAACAGACCAGGCACAGAAAGCUGAAGGUGCUGGAGAUGCCAAGUGA